AUGAAAGCCUUCACUUUCAACGAACUGGCAGUUGAUACUAAGUGCUGUGUUUCUGGAGCUGUUGAUGGGGUUGCAAGUUGCAACCUCUAUCACGGAGUAAGAACAUCGAUUACAAGAAGCUUUGGAAAGCUGAUCCAAUUAUUCUGCCACCUUUGGAUUCGCGGUGGAAAUGAUAAAAUUUCACCUCUUCUGGUGAUUUGGUCAAAAGACACUGACACACGACAUACGUUUAGCUUUUGCUCUAUUGGCAUCAACUUCAUAGUUAUCAGUACGGAAGCCAAAAAACAUGUUUGGCGAUAUCAGUCACAGGUAAAAGACUACUGA